AUGUCUUACACCAAUACCGUUCUGGUGACUGGAAGCAAGUCCGGCAUCGGCAAAGGGUUGCUUGCCACGUACGCCGCUCGCCCUAACACACUAGCCAUUGCUGCCAUCCGAGAUGGGCCUGAUUCUGGAGCCGCCAGAGCUCUGACUUCCUUGCCCGUUGGUGCUGGCAGCAAGAUCAUUGUCGCCAAGUACGACGCCUCAUCAAAGACAGCGGCGGUUGAGCUUGCCGACUACCUCAAGUCAGUCCACAACAUUUCCGCCCUCGAUGUCGUGGUAGCGAAUGCAGGCAUCUUAAAACACUUCGGUCCUGCCAAAGAAGCUUCCGCAGAGACCAUCAUGGAGCACUUGCAGAUCAACACUUUGGCCCCGAUAUUGCUCUACCAGGGCACCCAAGAACUAUUGAACGCCUCUAAGCAGACGCCCAAGUUCUUCAUCAUCUCCUCCAGCAUCGGCAGUAACGGUCUUCAAGACCACUAUCCCAUGCCAGUGAUCGCGUACGGCAUGUCAAAGGCAGCGGCGAACUGGGCUGUAAGCCGCAUUCACCGCGAAGAGGAUCGGAUUGCUGUUGUUGCCAUGCAGCCCGGUUGGGUUCAGACAAACAUGGGUAACACGGCCGCCGAGUUCGCAGGUAUGAAGCCGGAAGAUGUUCCAGUCAAAUUGGAGGAUUCUGUGAGUGGCCUGAUCUCAGUAUUCGACAAGGCCGACAAGGCCACGUACAGCGGAAAGUUCUGGGAUCAAAAUGGUGUUCAGCUGCCUUGGUGA